AUGUCAUCCAUAGACGUCGAUUACUCCUCCGACAAGACGACGGUGGUGCUAAAACGCAACUCCAAGCCAUUCGUCGACGACGACACUGCCAACAUGGAGGAUCGGACGAAUGACUCGCAAAAGCGCAACGAGGCCCAGGGCCUCGAGCUGGCCAGCAUGACAACUACCCCGAAUGCCCAGCCGGCGCCCUACUCCCUCAUGGGGUUGCGUGACGCCUUCCAUCCCCCGAGUCCCUUUCCACAACCGGUGUGGUACCCUCCCCACGAGCUGGAAAAACACUUGCCCUCGGAGGGGUCCCGGCCAGAAAACUUCGGCGUGGUAGUCCCGGGCGUCUACCGGAGUAGUUUCCCGCAGACGGCGGACUACGCGUUCAUCCAGCGGCUGGGUUUGAAGACGAUCGUCACGCUGGUGCGCAAGGACUUUCCCGAGGGCUACGACGACUUUUUGCGGGCAAACGGCAUCCGACAUUGCGUCUUCGACAUGAAGGGUACUAAGAAGGAAAGCAUCCCGUUGAAGACGAUGAAGUCCAUUCUACGGACGGUGCUAGAUCGCAGGAAUCAUCCUCUGUUAGUGCAUUGUAACCAUGGAAAGCACCGCACCGGCUGCGUCAUCGGUGUCGUUCGCAAGCUUUCUGGUUGGGAUGUCAGUAGCAUCAUCAGCGAGUACAAGGCCUAUGCCGAGCCUAAAGCCCGCGAGUGCGACAUACAGUACCUGAGCGCAUUCGAGACCGCUGAGCUGUCGAAUCUUUUCCAGGAGACUCCGUCACCGACGUCACCCACUGCAGCGCCCCUCCCUUUCUGGUCCACGCCCUCACAGCCACAGGGACAGGCGCAGCUGCACAACGACUAUUGCUAUUCGCAAUCGCAGCAGCAACCCUCGGUGUUCUACUCCUCCUCCUACCCCUAUUCGUAUGCGAGUCCCCCCUCAAGCGUCCAACAUGGAGGAGGGUUUAUCCGCGCGACUCUUUUCGCCUUCAUGAUGCUGCUCGUGUUUUGGGCCACAGGGCUGCAGAUGUCGUCGACGUCGUCGCGCGAGCCGAAGGGGUGA